GUGGAUGUGGUCUUUGCAUUUUCGUGUUCAUUUUUUUUCGGUGUACCUCCGCCCCCGUCAUCCCCUCAAGUGCCCCAAAGGUGUGACAGUUUGUGUGUGCAUUUGACAGAAUUCGCCAUGGAAUGUUGUCUGUGUAACGGUGUUUUGGGAUAAAAACUGGUUCUUUUCUGCCCCUGCGGACGCACCUUUUCGCUACAUUUCCACCUCGCAUCCCAUUAUUAAAACAUAAUUCUACACAUACAAAUUCACAACAAAAAAGGAACUUCCAUUCUGGAAUUAAAUCUUACCUACACCAUAUAGCGGGUGGAAGCAAGAUGAGAACGAUGCGAAGACGCUGAAAGAUGGGUCGAUGAACUUGAUGAAUAAAUAUUGAGAGAAAAGGUGGAAUUUUCCUUUCAUAUUGAACCUUCUUCAGGCAUUUAAUAAAAUGGAAAUUCAACGCCUUCUUUUGCAAUAUAUAUGUCAACUUUGAUGAAUUUAGCGUAGCAAAAGUAAAGGUGAAGAAGUUCUUGGACUGAAGGAGAGUUUGGGGUGGAAGUUUAGAAAGAAGGAUUAACGAUGAUGAAUGGAUUUAGAUUGAAUGAAAAUGAUGAGGAACAAACACAGAAUACACUUAAACCACCACUUGCACUCAGGAUAAAUGGAAGUGGAAAAACAGUGGAAAAUCGAGAAAAUUUUGCAGAUGAGAUGCUGGAGUCGGAGAAAAGUAGCCUUGUGGGGCGAGUGCAUGAUCUCGAGAAGCGCGUCCUUACGCAACAGGAUGAAAUUGUGUGCCUGAGAUCAACACUCGCAGAUGUUUUGCGGCGUGUCAAUCAGCUCGAAGGGCAAGUUGAGCGGGGAACACCCUCAACUGGUCGUAGUGCCCCGAGUACACCGGCACGCAAUGGAGGCUCCUUCUCGGCCCGUGCUAGUCCAACCCCAUACAGUCAGGCCCCCGGGCCGACAGAUUGGAAGCUGCGGAAGCCAAUGGUGCGUCAGGGGAGUACAGCAGAGGCACGUCGGAGUGCUACACUGCAUCAUACGCGCUCCAAAACGAGCCAUCAGUCAAAUGGUUCAUUACAUUCGGAUGGAACACCGAGUAGUACGUCUGUUUCACCGGCUCCAUCACCCUCACCACGACCCAACACGUCUCAGGGACUCCUGCAGACCCACACAGGCUUGGGGAAACGAUGGAAUUCCACGGGGGAUUUCAACACACAAUCACCCCUUCAGGCCAGAUUGGCGACCAAGUCGCUCCUCAAUUUGGCCUCGAAAUCUCCAGUGGGGCAUGUUUUCAGGCAUGGUACCCAUACAACAAGUUACAACGAGGAUGAUGGUACCGUGAAGCUCUUCCUUCGUGGUAGACCUGUAAUUUUCCACGCACCAACAGACGUACGAGAUUCUUAUGAUAUCUCAAAGGUCAAUCCAGCGCCAUCUCGAAAAUUGAGGCUUGACUGGGUGUAUGGAUAUCGUGGGCGUGAUUGUCGUGCCAAUUUGCAUCAGAUGCCAACGGGUGAGAUGGCGUACUUCGUAGCAGCCGCUGUGGUGUUGUACAAUGCCGAAGAGCAAACCCAGCGACACUACUUGGGGCACACGGAUGAUGUGCGUAGCCUCGCUGUGCACCCUAAUAAACUCCUUGUAGCCACGGGGCAGUGUGCUGGGCAUGAGAGACGCGACGGUAUGCCCCAUAUUCGUGUAUGGAAUUCCGUCUCACUCACAACUGUGUCUGUAAUUGGGGUUGGGGAAUUUGCUGGCUCUGUCAAUUGUCUCUCCUUCUCACGAGCGGACGCCGGGGCAUACCUUGUGGCUGUUGAUGAUGCUCCCGAUCGUACAAUAAGUGUCUGGGAGUGGCAAAGGGGUGAAAAAGGACAUCGUAUUACGGAGACAAAGUGUUCAGUGGACACAAUUGUUGGAGCAGAAUUCCAUCCGCUGGAUCGGAAUCAAAUUGUGACGAUCGGGAAGAAUCACAUUUGCUUCUGGACAUUGGAUCAAGGUGGGGCGCUGUACAAACGCAUGGGGGUGUUUGAGGGGCGCGAUAAACCCAAAUAUGUGACCUGUAUGACCUUCACCGCUAAUGGAGACACAGUGACGGGAGAUUCAAAUGGGAAUGUCAUAGUCUGGGGUAGAGGGACCAAUACAAUUGCCAAAUUUAUCAGACGCGUCCAUGAUGGUUCAAUCUUCUCCCUUUGUGCCCUCAAGGAUGGCGGAAUUGUGUCGGGUGGUGGAAAGGAUGGGCGUCUUGUGCUGUUUGAUGCGGAUCUCAAUGUCUUGGGUGCCCAGGCGGCCAUUGAGCCCCACUUUGGGGGUAUUCGUGUUGUCUCCGAGGGGCGCGGGACGCAACUUCUGGUCGGUACAACGCGCAAUUGCAUCCUCACUGGAUCCUUGGAGUUGGGACUCUCACCCGUCGUCAUGGGGCACACAGAUGAACUUUGGGGUCUUGCAACGCAUCCCACACUCCCGCACUUUGUCACCGGUGGACGUGAUCGUUUGCUGCAGAUGUGGGACUCACUGUCGCAUUCGGUGGUGUGGAGUAAGGACAUUGGGGAGCAAGUGCAGUCGUGCUGUUUCUCCCCAAUGGGGGAGACAAUCUGCGUGGGUGGUGUUUCCGGACGAUGGAUGACAUUUGAUUCCACAACGCGUGAAUUGCUCGAUGAGCAUGUUGAUGGGCAGGAAGCCAUUCAAGUGGUGCGCUUCUCACCUGAUGGUACCUUCCUGGCGCUCGGAUCACGUGACAAUGGGAUCUAUGUGUAUCAAGUGAAUGGCAAUGGGAGGCGCUACUCCAAAAUUGGAAAGUGUUCUGGACAUUCGAGCUUUGUAACGCAUCUAGAUUGGUCAGAAGAUAGUAAAGUCUUCAGAACAAAUUCAGGAGACUAUGAACUUCUUUUCUGGAAUCCCACAACAUGUCGGCAAAUGACAAAUCCAUCAAGUCUCCGAGAUAAUACAUGGGCUACACAUUCCUGCACCCUGACAUUUGAAAGUUUAGGUAUUUGGCCAGAAAAUGCAGAUGGAACGGAUGUUAACACCGCAGCACGGAGUCAUGAUGCUAAACUCAUGGCAACGGGGGAUGAUUGGGGUAAAGUGAAGCUCUACAGUUAUCCGGCAUGUCAGCCAAAGUCUCUGGCGCAUGUUGGAUGUGGCCAUAGUAGCCACGUGACAGCCGUGGAAUUCCUUCGGGAGGAUGCGAGGCUCAUUUCAACCGGAGGACAUGAUACGAGUGUCAUGCAAUGGACUAUUGGCUGAGGAUUAAGGACAGCUCGCUCAUCGAAGCGAAGCCACAGUCGACAACAUAGAAAAGCCUUUAUCAAGCAAUCCAGCUCAAUUUCUGUAAUUUAGUAAAAUGAACCACUUAUAAAAUAAGGGAUUGUCUGUGUGUGCAUGCGCGAUGGUAGUGUUUGGUGGACAUUUGUGUAUUAAUUCAUAAUACCCAAAAGUUAGAAGAAGGAAAAUCAGGCAAAAGACAAUUUUUCUACAAACAACAAAAGUUAUAAUUUUUUUUUUAUAAAGGAAAACAAUUAAUUUUGCAACAAUCCUCAGUGUUUAAGAAAGAAAAGAAAUGAGAAAAAAUUAGUUUAUAAUUUAAUUUUAAGUUAAUUUGCAUUUCAAAAUCAAAAGAAAAUGGGGUUUAAUUUUUUUUCUAUCGCUCAAUAUUCAUUUUGUUGUAUAAAAUGCUAUAUAUACCCUACCUUAUAUACUUUUAAAUGUGCCUUAAUUUCUAUAUACAACAUACAACAUAAGUUAAAAAAAAACAAACGAGGCGUUACAUGCGGAUUAAAGCACAAAAGAAAUCCGCAACUAAUGGAUUAGCCGCUGUAGUGAAGC